AUGGCGGCGCCGCCGCCGGCCCCCCCGCACCCCGCGGCUCCGCUGGCUCCGCGGUGGCAGGCGCCUGCCUCGGCUCCGCUGGGCGCCCGCCUCGGCCCGGGGUCGCUAGCAGGGCCCGGCCCUUCGCCGUCGGUGGGCGCCGAGGACGGGCUGCGGUGCCCUGCCGCCUUCGGGACCGGGCGAUUCCUCCGGGCGUCCACCUCCUUCUUCCCCACUGGGAUGCUCGCUCUCCUUUCGCCCCGUUUUUUGUCCUUCUCGCUCUUUACCCUCGCCGCUCCAUGGGGCCGACGGAGAGGGGCGAGGAGGUCCCCGUGGGGCCGGUGCGAGCAGAGGGCGGACGGGCGGGCGGCUGCCGGAGCCGGCACUUCUCCGUGUCCGGCCGGGCUCGGUCCUCCUCGGGGGCGCUGCCGCUGUUACCGAUCGGCGCUCCCCGGGCGCGGGGAGAAGCUCUCGGGGGCCGUCGGGGUUACUCCGCUCUCUCCGGCUUCGGCCCCUGUCAGUGCCGGGACGCCGGGCUGGCUCCUCGCUGCGAGGCGGGCAGCAGACGGGUUAUUAGGGUUAUUAGUGUUAUUGUCAUUAUCUCUCCCUUCCCCUGUGGUUGUGUGUCUCUCCACCACUUUCAGACCAGCCCAUUAUAACGCCGGCGAGAGGCGGAGCCAGGACAAAGAUCUGAAAGGGUGGUGGGUGGAGAAGCAAGGUAGCAAAGGUCCCUCCCCUUCCCGGGUAUUUCGAACGAAGCCGCAGUUCGGCGCGACUAAGCAGAGCCGGCCCGCCUCCCAGGUGUAAAAUGCAGAAUGACUUAUAGGUGGCAGAGCUGAACCUGUUACGUGCAGUGAUUUAUUUUAAUAGCGCCGUAUAAAGCAACAAGUUGUAAUAUGACAGCUCAACAACCUGUUGGAAAAUAAUACAUGGCUUUGCAGUUGUGAAUUCCUAAUGAUUUAUGUAGCCUGACAAAACAGUUUCAGUCCUGGUCUCUCUUUCCUUCUGUCAUAAGCACACCUGGUGCAGAGGUAGAAUGGGAACGGGUAGGCAAUGCUUUGGAGUUUUGCUAUGAGAGAGUUAGUCAAAGCCUUAACCUCAGUUUCACGUGUGCUACUGUUUCUGUAGUAGCGUUGCUUAAGCUCUUCUGGAUGGUGUGUUAGUAACCUCUCUCACAACUACCACUCUCUAGUAAAAUAUUUUAUUGUGUAGGUUUUGGGUUUGGGUUUUUUUUUAAUGGUAAAUAACAUUUUUAAAAUCACUGCGAAUCUGUAAAUUUCCCAUAAAACUUGGGACAGUGUAUUCUGCAAUUUUACCUGGACCCUCUUUUUUAAAAAAAAAAUAGUAAUCCUUUUUGGGUUUGUUUUCAGGUUUAAGUUGUGAGGGUCUUGCCCUCCUUCAGGUUUUUUUUUUUAUUCUCCUUCAACAUUAUGCUAGGUAGAGCAACUCAAUAAAGAGAGCUAGCUGGCAGUAGCUUCUCUGAAAGCUCCCUGUUCUGCUCACUGAGAGUCCAUUGCAAAAUGCCAUUUCACUCAUACGGCAGUAGCGCUGGCGUCUGCAAAACAAUAACAAAAGCAUCAGCAGAAAUCCAGUGUGGUGCUUAUGUUUUAUUUCUCAUAUGUAUGCUUCGAAUUUUAUGUCCUGGAGUAAGAGUUGGAUUGCUCCAUGUUUUCCAAAAGCAGUCUUUCUAAAUCAGACCUUAUUUUAGAAUAAAUACAUAGUGCAGAGUCACUCUGGUUAGAGCUAUUCUACUGUGGUCUGGCUCUCAAGGAGUAUUGGAGAGGAAGAUGAAAAAAGACAGGUUUAAAAGACUAAGAGCAGAAACAAACAGCCCCACUUUCUAUCUUGAUAUCUCUUGAACAGAAUAUAUGUUCCCCCACACACACCUGCAUUUUGUUACAAAGCUUUGCCAUUUCUUCAGUCUGCAUGGUAAAUACUGAAGAGUGAGAGGUUCUUCUGUCCCUCAUUGCAUUCUUGACAACUUUAAUAGAAAUAAUAAUACACUGGAUGUCUUGCUGUUCUCACAAAAGCUGUACCAGUUGAGAAAAGCAGGCAAUUCAGAAAGACAAAAAUAAGAGGAGGGAGACCUCUCUUGGUUCAUUGUUGUUGUUGUCUCCAUGUAAUGUAAACUGAAAUCCUUCAGUAAAUUGUUGUCUUAGCUGUAGGUGCCAAUGUUUGUGUUUAAGGGUAUGGGAAAAAGGUAUCAUUCCUUCCAAAACUCAUAUUUUCUACGAUGAUGCCAAUGGCAAGGGUAGGUUUGUUCCUCUUCCUGCUUUUGUUGUAAAUAGCAGCGAAGUAGCGAUGAUUUGCUAGCUUGCCUUUGAUGUUUAUUUUAUUACCGUUCCACUAUUUGUGUGGAAAAUGUACACAUUGUCUCUUAUCUUUAUUCAAAGAACUUAAAAAGUCAUUCAAAUGCUGUAGGUAAACACGUCAGACAUAACAGAAGCUUUUUCACAGCCAUACUUCAAGACUAGGAGUGGAUGGCAAAGCUGGUUUUGCAAGAUUCAAGAGGGGACAGAAGCUUGUACUCAAAAUAAUACAAAGAUAGCUAUUAAUGGGUGGGAGCAGGGCACCUUUCUAAGAUCAGCACUGAUUCUUGUUGUGGCUCAAGGCCCCUUUGCUAUCUCUGAGCCAGUGCCUGUUGUAAACUGUCCCUUGAAAUCUCUGGUGGCCCUGACCUGAGAAAAUAUAUGAAAGGUGCUUAUGAAAAGUCUGUGCAGGGUUUAAAUAGAACCUUCCUGGCCUGAGUGAGAGCAAUAUCAAGCCCAUUGCUAACGCUGCCCAUGAAACACAAGCAAAGUUGUAAGAAGUGGUGAAAUAAUCCAACUACUCCCAUCUCUCACCACUGAGAGUAUAUGUAACCUCAAGCCUUUUCCUGCUAUAGUUUUUAAAAAGGCACAGUAUCGCCUUCAGGUUUAUAAAGAUUAACACAAUCAUCGGAAAAACUGAUUCUGUUAAGUAAACUUCACAUCAAAAGCACUUUGAUGUGCUGUAUUAUAGCAAAGCCAAACACCCCACCCCCAUCACCCCAAGAAAAACCUCCAAAAACCUCCAGUGAAGCAAGGUAAAAAAAAAAGUCUAAUUCUUUGUUCUAAAAUGAAAUGUCUCUUCCUCUUUAGAUCAGCAGAGCAGGACUUUUUUUGAUGUAUGAUCUCCUCUUUUCCUACCCAAAGCAGUAUCCAGUCAAAGACAAACAGAGAAAUGUGAAUGGUCGCUUGAAAAUCACGCGACCAGCUUUGCUUCCCAUUUUCUGUAGUAUUUCACUCAUUUAAUUCAGAAAUAAUCUACCAAUGGGUAUUUGGAAAUGAGGUUGUAUAGUCCUUUGCAGUUUGCUCAAGCUACCAAUUACAAAAAUAUUCCUUACUAAAUGUAGAAAAAUGCUACGCUGUCUGGUGGUUGAGUGUAUUUUUGGUUGAUCCAUGUUGUCUCCAUGGUAUUUUAAACUGUGGAGACAUGUGUUUUUUAGUUCAGCAAACAUCGUUCAAAGGUGUGUCACGAUAUGUUCUUGGUUCAAAUUCUUUAAAAAAUUGUUUCUUUCUGGU